GCUCGGAAAAUUUUGGUUCGUUUGUUUUCGCUCGUCUGUUGCGUCGGUUGUGGGCUUGUGUCGCACGGAAAACUGCGCGGAAAUUUGAGCGCUUGCUUUCGCCUCGUACUAGAUGCUGGCUGCAGCAGCAACAACAGCAGCAAGCAGCAGCGUCAGGACAAAUUAAGCAAACUGAGGCCCACGCGCCACGGCCACGGCCAAAACCGUAACUAAUCAGCCCCAGACGCUCAUUUGAGCCAUCAAUGGCAGCCAAUUUUUGGCCAUUUUGCGGCAUAAACGGAAACGGAAAUGUGCGUUGCUUGUUUAGAAGCGUUACAGGAAUGCUAUGUUGCCUUAAGGGUGCUUGAGCCUUCGCGUCCACGUUCACGACCAAGGGAAGCAGAGCCGCCGCAGAGGGGGUAGGAGCAGGAGCAGACACAGACUCGGGAGAGGCAGAGGCAGACGCACCAGCUGGCGGAACAGCAGACACAGCCAGGAGGAGCAACAGCAGAAGGAGGCCAGUGCCAGCAGGACACAGAAAAGACUCCUUGGCUGGCAGCCAAGAGCAGCUGGCAGCUGGCAGCAGGCAGCAGGCAGCACACCAUGUAAACCUCUCUGGGGCCAGAGGGAGAGACAGUCCAUGGUGAAGCGAUGUGAAAGCUAAACACUUUGCAAUAUUAAAGAACAGCCAGCGUCGAACAGACCUGUUGCUCAUCUCGAACAUCCAGUCCGGGGUCCAACACCGACACCAGGCUCACCAUCACAGACACCCAACACCAACCCCAACACCAACAGGCCGAACCCGACCCAGACCCAGACCCGACUACCAGAGGACCAGAACCCGCACAGGUGUCGAGAUGGCCGUCCACGUGCUGGACUAUGAUCACUUUGCCAUCAGCGCCAUUGUUGUGGGCAGCCUGCAGCUGUUCUUCUUCCUCAUCAACUCCAUACUGCACAUGGACAAGCUGACGGACUUUGCGGGCGGCGUCAACUUCAUUAUCAUCUCGCUGUUGACCUUCUUUCUGGGCCAAAUUGAUCGGCCUUCAAAGGCCUACGACAGCCGCCAGCUGAUGGUCACGCUCUUUGUGUGCCUGUGGGGCGCCCGGCUAUCCGGAUAUUUGCUGUAUCGCAUCAUCAAGUUGGGCCGCGACAAGCAGUUCGAGGAUACCCGACGCAACGUCAUACGCUAUGCGGUCUUCUGGACCUUUCAGGCCGUUUGGGUGUACAUCGUUUCACUGCCAGUGAUCAUCAUCAAUUCGCCGCGCCAUUCGCAGCCGCAUGCACCCAAGACGAUGACCACCCUGGACUCCACCGGCACGGGCAUGUUCAUUGUGGGGCUGCUGGCCGAGACCUAUGCGGAUCUGCAAAAGUUCUCGUUCCGCCAGGACCCGGCCAAUCAGGGAAAAUUCUGCAACGAUGGGUUGUGGAGUGUUUCUCGUCAUCCGAAUUAUUUUGGGGAGGUCAUCAUUUGGUGGGGCAUCUUUGCCAUCUCCCUGAACGUGAUCAGCGGCCAUGAGUGGGUGGCCAUUGCCUCGCCCAUCUUUACCACGCUGAUCAUACUCUUCCUGUCCGGCAUUCCGCUGCGCGAACGUAGCGCCGACGAGAAGUACAAAGACCAGCUGGAGUACCGCAAGUACAAGGCCUCCACCUCGCCACUGAUCCCCGUGCCACCGGCUGUGUACGUGGAGGUGCCCAGUGCCCUGAAGUUCAUCCUCUGCUGCGAGUUCCCCAUCUACGACUCGAUGAGCAUCCAGAAGGACCUCAGCCCCUACUCGCUGUCCAUCGCCCGCUCCCACUCGCACAUUUAGCAGUCAGUGGCCCACUCCAGCAGCACGCAGGCUGGGGUGGGCCAGGUGCACACCCACUCGGUGGCCCACUCGCUCCACAGGGGCCACUGCUACGGCGCCAAUGGGGGGGACGCCGAGAGCCACCACAACUGCGGUGGCAGCUGCCGCAAUGUGCACGUCAAGUCCAAUCCGUACCAGUGCGAGGCGGGCUACGGCCACUAUCCGGUGAAGCACACCGACGACGAGGACACGGACGAUGGCAUUAUCUAUAUGGCCGGGCCCGGAUCGGCACCGGGCUGCUCCAAGGCCAAGACGCACUGCAUCCACGCGCAGGAGCAUCAAAGCCAGAACCAGCACCAGAACCAGAACCAGAACCACACGAAGGCAACGAAAUGCAGCUAUCUGGCAGAGGAGGAGCUGGCCUCCGACUACGAUGAGGAUGUGCCGGCGAUCGACCUGAGCAAGGCCACAAGCGUGGAGAGCUUCAGCACCCGGGUGCAAACAGAACGCUCUGUGAAUGCCGAUGGCCAGCCCGUGACCGUGACCACGAUUUUGUGAUUGCAACUAUAGGAUUAUCAUUUGCCCAAGAGAUAUCCCAUUUUUAUUACGAGAAUAUAUUGUAAAUAGACGGAGCUUUGCAUUGUGACGAUUGUAGACUCCGUGAAAGUGAUUUUGAAAAAAGCAUUGCGCCACGAAACGGGUGCCAAAGUACCGGUAAAGGAACAAGGAUACCUUCAACCACGCAGCUGUCUAGCACUCUCUAGUCUCUAUGCGCUGUAGUUGCUCAAAUAACUAAUGUGCCUCUUAUUAUACGAGUAUAUGCUCUCCGCGUACCCCUAGAAUGUUGCACUCUUUCAAAGUUUAUGCUACUACUACUACUACUACUACUACUACUACUAGUCUUUGUUGAACUCUUGAUAGUCAGGGCCCUGCGGCCCAUAGAUGAUCUCCUGAUGGUCUGCUCAAGAGUAUACAUACAUACAUAUAUCUUAGCUGCAUAUUUUCUUAUCGAACCGCAACUCUCGCCCCACCAAAAUAAACGAAACUCGAAACCAACCAAAACCAAACUGAAACAUAUCCCAAGUAUAUGGCAAAGAUGUGAGGCAGAAACAACACGCUAGAAUGGGUUCUAAAGCCAUUGUUAUUUUAUAUACGAGAAUACGAGUAUCUACUAGCUAAAGAUGUAUAAGAUAAAGAUUUAAAGAUAUAUAUAUUGUAUAUUGUAUAUUGUAUGUGGAUGUUAUCACUAUGUGUCUGUGUCUCGCCGGUGUCUCAAAUUUCAAGCAGUAUUACAAAACAAAACGAAAGAAAUUGUACCUAAUCGAUUAUGCUGAGUAUGGUUAAAAAAUAAACAAAAUGCAAGGAACAAUGCACACACCUGCGGA